AUGCGCCCAUAUAGAUCACAUCUCCGACCGGCCUGUGUUCCUUGCCGGAAACGCAAAUCCCGUUGCCAGUCCGAUGAAUCAGGCGAAGCUGCUUGCCUUAUGUGCCGAGCUCAUCGCACUGAGUGUGUAUAUCCCCCGGAGUUUAGAGUACUAGAUCCAUCAUCGACUCCCAAAUCAAGGCGACGGGCAAAACGAGACUCACGCGACAGUGGCUCCAACCCAGUGCCUGCAUCAGUGGCGGAUGAUUCACUUAUUGAGCAGUCCACAUUGAGUAUAGGACCGAACCCAAUACCAACACCAACUCAUGGAUCUAUUCAAGAUACAGCUGCAAGAAACGCAGUACCAGUUAUCUCUCCAUUGGCGUCGAGAAGCACAGAAUGGCCCCAAAAAGACGCUCAACCCGAGGAGUCACCAUUGGCACUGGGAUCCAAUGAUGAACAACAGCAUAAUCUUCAUAUAGUUGGUCCGACAGUGACAUCCGAUAACCAGGUGUUAUCAGACUAUCUAUCUGCGAUGCCUAGUUCAACAAGAGGGUCUCGAAUUGUCAGACCAGUUCCGGGAAAUAGAUCUCGUCCUGUCUUAUUCACCAUGGUCCAGAAGCGACCGGUAGGGCUGGACUCAAAUCGCACUUUCCCAGAGGAGAGGCUUCAACUCAUUGAGAAGAUACUGGAGCCCUUUGCCAGUCAUGUUCUAGAUGUUUAUUUCGAAAAGGUUAACUCGUCUUUCCCUUUGCUCGAUGAAGCACAUUUCCUUAAACAGUACAUGGAGAAGAAAGAUAGCAUAUCUCCCGCGCUACUCAGCUGUUUAUACGCUCACUCUAUAAUCUUCUGGAAUAGCUCUCCUAUCCUGUCUCGUCACAGGUGUCCUGAUGGACGCUUUAUCUGGAAUCUUGCUACCGAAGCCAUAUACUCGCAAAUACACAGGUCUCCUGGUAUAUCUGUGAUUGAAGCGGCCAUUUUGAACAUUGGCGGGCGUGAAGUAACUUCUCUUAUUGGCAAUGGGGUCUUGUUCGCCUCGUCAGUCGCAAUGGCGCAUUCGCUAGGCCUGAAUCACAGCCCGGCACCAUGGGAGAUCCCACAAUCCGAGAAGAAUUUGCGGAUGAGAAUUUGGUGGGCACUUUUGAUUCAUGACAAAUGGUUGAGUUUAGCACAUGGAACACCUCCCAUCAUCUCCUCGAGUCUGAAUGAUGUACCCAAACCGCUCGUGGAGAACCUUUGCGAAGAAGGUGCAUCUCCGGACAAAUUGCUCAAGGCCACCAUAUACAUCGCUCUCUUGGGACUUACAGACGUCUUGGACAUGCAUUUGAGGCAUGUCCAUCGGCUUAGAAACGCGGACGAACCUAGACACACGACACGUCUGGAGUUGGCACUGAAUAGUUGGGUUGAGAAUCUUGGUGAUGACAUCCGUCGAGUCGUCAUCCGUGGGACGAAUCUAGCAAUUCCCGGUGCAGCAAACUUACGCCUGUCAUAUUUGACCGUCAGGCUAUUAUCUCAGAGAAUUGACCUUGAAGAGGGGAAGCGCAUCCAUGAGGCCAACGAUAGCCGCCUUUUAAAUCGCUACAUGCAAGCCCGAAGAACUGCAGAAGAUAUCCUAAUUCUGGUGCAGGAGUUACAGGCAGAACAUCUUGCAGAUUUUUGGCUCCCAAGUAGCGCCUUUGCACUCUCCACAACAGUCAGCUUCCUUCUCCGAUGCGCUCUAGAGACGGAGAACUCUACUUCGGGGCUCGUCCAAAGCUCUUCUUUAAAGAUUGCUUCCGACCUCUUAUCUACUCUUCGGUCGCAUAAGGAGAAAUAUGCUUGGGAUCUUGGCGAUAUUUGUUUGGCUCAGCAUACUGAAGUUGUGGAAAAGCUUCUGGCGAUUACUCCACCCGAAGACCCAAGUGCAGAAGAACCGCAGGACUUUUCCAACUUUUUUAUGUCUGAUGAUGCUUUUCUAGAUCAGUUGUUUCCGAGCUUAUGGGAUCCGUUGCAGAAUGUCUGUUUCACAAAAGAUUCUCUAGCCUGGCUUCCCAAGCCCAGCAUGGCCAGAUUUGAGGAUCUCCCGCUCGAACUGGUGAACAAAAUCAUCAUCGAGAACGGCCUUCCUCUCAAAUCUCUAGCAGCUCUGCGCUUGUGCUGGCCUCAUAUCGAUGUGAUAACCCUUCCACCUUUGUUCCGUAAGGUUCACAUCACAUUCGCUCCAAAACACCUGGAAAGACUCAAGGCUUUUGCAUCGUCCCCACGCGUCGCACCGUAUGUACAAGAGCUGCUCUUCUACGAUCCCAAAAUCAUCCAGACACCCUAUAAGGAUGGUUUCGUCCAUACAGAUAAAGGCUUGGAAGGAUACUCGCAUGCAUUUCUUUGCGACCUCUUGAAGUGUAUUGAUGCCCUGCCAAACCUACACACAUUCACAUCUGGGCCAGGUACUGAUGACAAGAACACCAAGAAAGAGGAUAUUGAUGGCCUCUUGUAUGCCAUUUUGCCUGCUUUAUGUCGACCUUCAUCCCGUAUUACAUCUCUCAGACUCCAUGACCCCCUCAACUACUUUCUUUGGGCACAUACAAAGUUCUGCCGUCAUGAAAGGCCACACACAAUUUUCAAGUCACUCCCAGACAAAUACUGCACUGGGAUGCGUGUUAACGCCUCUACAUUCUAUCAUGAAUGUGCUUGUACUUCUUUGGGUCGUCCGAACAGUGUACAUCGUUUCUGGCCGUACGAAUGGAUCACUGCUCUCCGAGGCUUGGUAAAACUCGAUCUUUUAACAGAAACUUACAGGGACGAUCGACCUAGCCGGCCGGAAGUCGAUGACUUGUUCGUCGAAUUUCUCAAGGGGGCAGUCAAUCUUGAGGAACUUUCCAUCCAGUGGAAAUACAAUAUGAGCAGCCUUAGGAAGUGUCUUCUUACAGAUUCUGACGCUGAGCAACUACAGCGCCUCUUCGACAGCAACAUCAAGUUUCCCCGUCUCAGGACCAUCAAAUUGGCAUAUGUCCAACUCACCCUCUCCGGCAAACCAUUUCAGGACUUCAUAGAACGUCAUGCAGCCACCCUACGACAUAUCGUGCUUUGCCAAAUUAACGAGAACGUUCCUGAAGUCAUCAGAUUCGCUGCAAGAAGUCCUAAACUUCAUCUUCAUCGAUUUGUUGUUUUCCCGAAUUACGAUUGGCGUUUCCCAUUGAAAAUGGAGUCGUCGGCAUUGGUUCCGGAACAGUCGCUGUUGGAAUAUAUCAACAGUAAUGACCCUGAGCAUCAAGACCCUUUGUCAGCUUUGGGCCGCGACCCUUGUUGGGGAACAGUUGUUCAGAGGAUAAAGCCUCGGUCGGUAAGGGUAAGGUGGCCAGGGAGCUCAAGAAAACAGUGGACGAAAAUAUGUUGGAAAUUGAUGAUUCCCGGUGUAAGCCCUCCCGUUGCUUUUCUUGGCCCCGAGGAGUGGCCAGAACAAAAUGGGUGGAUGCACGUUGCUUGCAAUGAAUGUAGCGACUAG